CUUGAAAUGCAUUUGCAUUCAGUGGUGCACUCAGGAUCAGUCGAGGUCAAGCACAACAGGAGUGAACCAGCUGAAUUAUUUUAUCACUUUUUUGUUUGCAGAUUGUUUCAAACACUGAUUGAAAUAAUGGCUGUACUUUUGUUUCUGGUUCUUGCCUCCGUUACGAUGAUCGCCUCAGCCCAGGAUUUUAUCCUGGAGGGUCACCGGCGCACAGACUGGGGAGUUUGGGGAGGCAUGGAGACCUGUUCCCCGGGUGCGUACGUGUACGGAUUUCGACUAAAGGUUCAUUCAGACCAAGGAUUUUUCGGUGAUGACAGCGCCCUCAACGGCAUCGAAUUGUUGUGCAUUAACCCCACGGCCAAACGUCCCGCGAGAAACGCGUCCAUGACACAAUUCACCACGAUUUCGUCGCUCAUGGGACAUCACGGCUCGUUCACUGGGCUGCUGGAAUGUCCCGAUCCCGGAUUUGCGGUGGGAUUCGAGCUCAGGUCGGAAGAGGAUCAAGGUUUUAGCACGGAUGACACGGCGGCAAACAAUUUGAAACUAUAUUGCUCAGGGUUGAGCGUUUUGGAAGGAGCUGGAAGGGAUUGGGGGGAUUGGACUGGGGCGAUCACUUGUCCACGAGGACUUAGGAUUUGUGGAAUUCAGACGCAAGUUGAAGGGCCAAGUGACAGUGACGAUACCACGCUGAACAAUGUGAACAUGGGAUGUUGCGCGUAAUAAAACGGAGAAAAACGAACCGGUUUACAAAACUGAAGACAAUUCUUAAUGCUAUUCUGACUACGAUUUACUUUAUUUUCGCCAAAAUAUUUAUUUAAAAUUCAUGAACAAAACUUUAAACACAAAUUUUAGAUAUGGUUUCAAUUUACUGUGUAACAUCAAACAUGGCCUAAAAUUCGAAAUCGAUCAAAAAAUCCCCACCUCUAUUCCUCCAA